UUCGCGUGCCCGCCCCGCCCCCGGGCUAUGAAAGGCGGCUGGCGUGGGGGUCGCGCCACCGCUGGACUCCCGUGUCCCUCCGCGCAGGCGGGAGGUCCAGGAGAGCUAGUGCCGCAAAGGUGGCGACGGCGGCGCCCCCUCCUCAUCAUGAACAGAGGCUUCUCCCGAAAGAGCCACACGUUCCUGCCAAAGAUCUUCUUCCGCAAAAUGUCAUCCUCAGGGGCCAAGGACAAGCCUGAACUGCAGUAUCCCUUCCUUCAGGAUGAGGACACGGUGGCCACGCUGCAAGAGUUCAUCCUGCGCGGCCUGCCGGGAAGCGGCAAGUCCACACUGGCACGGGUCAUCGUGGACAAGUACCGUGAUGGCACCAAGAUGGUGUCUGCUGAUACGUACAAGAUCAACCCCGGCACCCGAGGGGCCUUCUCUGAGGAGUACAAGCGGCUGGACGAGGACCUGGCUGCCUACUGCCGCCGGGAUGUCAGGGUUCUCGUGCUAGAUGACACCAACCACGAGCGCGAGCGGCUGGAGCAGCUCUUUGAAUUGGCCGACCAGUACCAGUACCAGGUGGUGCUGGUAGAGCCCAAGACGGCGUGGCGGCUAGACUGUGCCCAACUCAAGGAGAAGAACCAGUGGCAGGGGGCGCUGAAGAAGCUGAAGCCUGGGCUGGAGAAGGACUUCCUGCCACUCUACUUCGGCUGGUUCCUGACUAAGAAGAGUUCUGAGACCCUUCGCAAACUCGGCCAGGUCUUCCUGUGUGAGCUGGGGAACCACAAGGCCUUCAAGAAGGAGCUGCGACACUUUGUCCCUGGGGAUGAGCCCAGGGAGAAGCUCGAACUGGUCACCUACUUUGGCAAGAGACCUCCAGGCAUGCUGCACUGCACGACCAAGUUCUGUGACUAUGGGAAGGCCGCUGGGGCCGAUGAGUACGCCCAGCAGGAGGUGGUAAAGAAAUCUUACUGCAAGGCCUUCACGCUGACCAUCUCUGCUCUCUUUGUGACGCCCAAGACGGCUGGGGCCCGGGUGGAGUUGAGUGAGCAGGAGCUGCCAUUGUGGCCGAGUGACGUGGACAAGGUGUCCCCCACUGACAGCCUACCCCGGGGGAGCCGUGCACACAUCACUCUUGGCUGUGCGGCUGACGUGGAGCCUGUGCAGACGGGCAUCGACCUCUUAGAUAUUGUGAGGCAGGAGAAGGGGGGCAGCCGAGGCGAGGAGGUGGGCGAGCUGAGCCGGGGCAAGCUCUACUCCUUGGGCAAUGGGCGCUGGAUGUUGAGCUUGGCCAAGAAGAUGGAGGUCAAGGCCAUCUUCACGGGAUACUAUGGGAAGGGCAAACCUGUGCCCACGCAUGGCAGCCGGAAGGGGGGUGCCUUGCAGUCUUGCACCAUCAUAUGAGUGCUCUUACUGCUCUGCCUCUCACUCUUCAGAAGGGAAGGGGCGGAGAGGGAAACAUGCCCUCCACUUGAUCUUUAAGAUUUUUUUACUCAAAGUUAACCUACCUGUAACUUUUUUAAAACUUGUAAGAUAACUGCCACUCCCUGCCUGCCCUUUUCCCCUCUAAUGCUGAAGCUUUCAAUACAAGGGGGAUGGGUAGGCCCUAUUCAGGAACCUAGACCAGAUCUGAGGCCAGAACCCCCGCCCUGCCCCGCUUCUGGCACCAGUUAGCCCAGCCUUGCUCCGUCCAGAGCUGGGCUAGCGAUGAGGAACACCUCCAAGCUGUGCAAACCCUGCUGAUGGAAGGAAAAGGUCAUGGGGCUGGCAUGGUGACCAUCACCAUGGAAAACUAGUGGUGGCUUUGAUCCCAUUUCUUAAUCAGCAGAGCCCCAGGAAGGCUGGAGCUCUUUACCAGGGUAGAGAAGGGGUUCCCACCUCUGGUCCUGAGUCCCUGCCCCUCCUCCACACCAUAACCAGGUAACAGCUUGAUAACUAGGGAGGAAAGCAGAACAAACAGGCUGGCUGCUGGUCUUACCUCAGGAGGUGGGCCGGCUGUCCUGGCCAGUGGCAUGGCUCCCUGUGCGGAAGGCAGUGGCCAUGGCAGCACGUGGGACUCCAGGUUGCUGUCAGCCUGCCCACCUUGCCUCAGUGGUGCCUCUGGAGGUCUCUGGGCCUCCACUAAAGAGGUUUGGUGGGUACCAAGAGCCAAUAGAGUGGGUCCCUGACUGGUAAGGGCCACUCCCAUCUGUUGCCUCUGGGAGGGGGGAUCUGCAACACUGCCCCAUGUGCUGUGCUUCCAGAGGUGCCCUCUCCACACCCUCUCCUACUAGUAACAGGGCCUUGCUAAUCAGUUGACACUCAACAGAAGUGUUUGGGAUUUAAGUUACUGUCCUGGCUUUGCCCAAUCUUGGCAACUUGUAAGACUGAUAAUUAAAUAAAUCAUGUUAAUCCUGG